GAUUGGGACUGUUGGAGUUAACCGUCGUACUCAAUUACACGACACACGGUAGUUUCUUCACAAAAUAGUAAAUACCAAUGUCCAAUAUUGCCAUUGGUUGUUUUAUAAGAGUGAUAUUAAUUCUAGUCGACUUUUAGUCGGUCAUUUUUGUGUGCUCAAAGCUCGUUAAAGUAUUUUGUUUUUAUUACGUUUUAUUACUGUUUUAGUCAAUCACGCUAUCGUUUAUGGCAAAUUGUGUAUUUCGCAUGGUUACCAUUCUUCAGUCAUCAGUCCGGUAGACAUUAACAAUUAACAUCAAAGACUAAUAAGACCAAACAACUUGUUGUCAACAAGAAGUAACAGAUAUUUAUUGAUAAUGUUAAUUUUUAUUUUUUCCCGAAAAUUAUAUUCCGUUUGAUUUCAUCUGAUGUUUAUUAUAGCCACAAAGCUUUGGAAAGCAGUUGUUAUAAUCCUUGGUUAUAUUGCUGGUGUGAUGCCGUCUUUUAAUGUUAUUUCAUUGACAUUACUUAUGAACAUGUGAAGUAUUGAAAACAUAACUACUAGACAAUUUUUAUUCACUUGUUACCUGUAUUUAUCUACAUGGUAAAAAUUAAACUUCUGCACAAGUUGGUAUAUUUUCAUCAUUUUCAAGAUAAAGUCAAGUAUCAAUUAAGUACUUUUAUUGGGAAUCUUUUUAUUAUAUACAUCUAUAAACACAGCCACAUUGUUAUGUGUUAAGAAAGUUAUGAAAAAUUGAUGAAUUCCCAAGUCAAUCACUGAAUAUGUCUAAUUGUGAAGAUUGUUUUAUAUGUAACACAAUUGUUCAAAUAGAUUUAUACAAUGAUAUUAGUAAAUUAUUGGAAAAAGUUGAGCAGUUUGAUAAGAUAGACUCAAAAUGUAAUUCAAAUCAGUAUAAAAAAAUAAAUAAAUUUGAGUGUCUUGUGUGUUUUUUUAAAACACACGAAUUUAAUAAUUGGAAAUGUCAUAUUAUGUCAUUAUCUCAUAUGACAAAUUGUCACAAAAUUGAAAAUCUGUAUUCAUACGUUUGUCAAUAUAGAAAAUGUAAACUAUUAUUGUAUGGACCCCAAAAGACUUUAAUUAAACAUAAUAUGGACACACAUUCAUUUAAUGGUGAUGUUUCUAGUAUUUCAAUUUUAAUGGCCGAAGUAAUGAAACGAUAUCUUGCAGCCAAUCUAAAACCUUUAUACUUCUGUUCUCAUUGUAGAAAAUUUACAGAAACACCAAUUCAUACUGAUGUUGAAUUAUCGAACAAAACAUUAAAAAUUCCUAUUGAAUAUUAUUGCAGGUUUUGUAGGGUUACAUUUUUAUCUAACCAUGACAUGAUUGAUUAUCAUUUUUUAAGUGUAGAGCAUAUGACAAUCAAGUGCUUUGAUGAAUUAUGCUCAAAAACUAAGAUAAACUCAAAACAAAAGACAUUAUUGGAACUAUUAAAAGAUACAAAAAAUAGUUAUAAAAUGAAGAAAAAGGAAAAUACAGAAAUAAAAAGUUUUAGUAUAUAUAACAUACAAACCAUAAUACCAAAUAUAAUGCAAAAUAUUCCAGUAUCUCAAGAAUAUUAUGAUAUCAAAAGUGAAUACACACAAAAUGUAGAAUUAAAUAAAAGUCAAAAAAAUCUUAGUAUUGAUGAAACAACAUUCUUGGGCAAUGGACAAACAGUUAAGAAGCCUCUUCUAAACAAUAAUUUCCUUGAAAAAUUGAAUGAUGAUGUACAAAAAACCUGUGACAAAUCUAAUGAAAAUAUGAAGUUAUCAAAUCACAGUAAACACCGACCACAAUACAGAAAUUAUUUCAAACAUAAAAUUAAUUUAUUGAAAAAAUUGAGACAACAUGAAGAUCUUAUCAUGAAAACUUUGUCAUACUAUUGUGAUGUAUGUGAUUUUAUAACUGUAGAAAAGUAUGUCUGGGAUAAACACAAUCAAUCAGAGCAUUCUGUAGAUACAUCAAUAACUUACUGUUCUACGUGCUCUAUGUUUGUUGGUGAAAAUUACCAGGAACACAACCAUACAUUAGAACACAGUAUUUCUUUGAACUUGUUGCAAUUAUUACAACCAGGAGAAGUAUUAAAGGAUAAAACUUCAUUAAUAAAAUUGGUUGAAAGUGGUUCAUCAGUUAUAACUUCUAUAAACCUAGAACAAAAAGAAAAAAUUGAGUUAAACAGUUUUGAAGAAUCUAAAGAUAAUAGCAAAAACAAUGAUUGUUCUUUAUUGAAAGAAUCGAGUAUAAAUAAGGAUAAUCCAAUGAUUAUGGAGGAUGGUAUAUUGUUAUUUGAUAAAUCUGAGAGUAUAUAUGAACAAGAACAGGAUGAGGCAAAUAUCUCAAAUGCAACAAAACUGAUUCAUAAAAAAAUCGCAACAUCAAAUAAUCAGUUAAACACAUUGAUAACUAUUCCGUGUCAAGAAAAUGUACUCGAGAAGGAGAUGCCUGAAAAAAUUGAUCUUGUAAACGUGUUGACUGAUGAUUUGAAUUUUGAAUACAAAAAAAAUGGUAAACUUGAUGAAGAUCAGCUAUAUGGAGAGUAUGUUAUACAAAGGCUUAAAAACAUUAAAGAUAUAACUAUUAAACAACAUGUCAAACUCGAGAUAGAUAAUAUAUUUUAUACUAAAAUGAAACAAAUGUCACUUUAGAAUAUAAAAUAAUAU